AUGACGGACAAACUCCCGCCGAUGCUGCUGAACCUGUUCGCCCCGCGGCCGCCGCUGCGCUGGGUCGAGCCGUCGGACCACGCGCCUGAGAAGCGCUGCACGCCCAAGAUCUCCGGCAUCGGCCAGUAUCUGCAGGCGAUGAAGGAGUACAAGGACAACGACGGAUACGUGCCGACCGACAGCUGGCUGCAGAAGCGCGACCGCAAGAAGCUCGAGAAGAAGGAGAAGCAGGAGAAGCUCCUGAGUGAAGGCAUCCAUCAAUACAAGCCCAGUGAAGACCCUAAAGUCCAGGGCGACGCUUUCAAGACUCUAUUCGUGUCCCGCCUUGCUUACGGCGUCACGUCUGACGAUCUGGAGCGCGAAUUCGGUCGCUACGGUCCGAUUGAGCGCAUCCGCAUCGUCGAGGACAUUACUGCGCCGCCUGACGCGCCGCCGAAGAAACGCAAGCGCGGUUACGCCUUUAUUGUCUACGAGCCGCCCUACAAGGAAACCGACGGCAUCAAGAUCAAAGAUCGGCGCGUCCUCGUCGAUGUCGAGCGCGGUCGCACAGUGUCUGGCUGGCGCCCUCGCCGCUUUGGUGGUGGUCUUGGUGGUCGAGGCUACACCAAGGGCCCUGCGGCUCGAGGCCAGCCGGGUCCUGGAGGGUUCGGUGCACCAGCUGGGUCCGGAGGAUUCGGUGGCCGUGGUGGAGGCUUCCAGCAGAGCGGCUUUGGCGGACGCGGUGGUGGUCGCGGAGGCUUUGGAGGAGACCGAGGCUUUGGCGGCGGCCGAGGAGGUGGAUUCGGCGGCGGUCGUGGAGGAGGCUUUGGCGGUGGGCGAGGUGGAAUCGGUUACCAGUCUAACGGCUACAGCGGUCCUCCAGACGGCGCACCCGCUGGCCCCCGAGGCCCACGAGAGGGAGGUUUCGGCGGCGGUCGCGGAGGUGGAGGUGGUUACGGCGGAGAUCGAGGCUCAGGCAGCCGACACGGCGACGACCGACGAGGCGGCGGCGGUGGGUAUGAUCGCGGCUCCAGCGGCGCAAACAACGAGCCCCUCGGCAGCAGAGAGCGCGCCCCACGGGACGGCGGUCGAGACGGUGGGUAUGGCCGCGACGACGGCUCGCGAAAGCGCGGGUACGAAGGCGACAGCUACGACGACCCCAGACAACGAAGGAGGUAUUGA